CCCUGCCCUAACCUCCCUCCACGCAUGCCAAUUACCUACCUCUCAGCCAAACCAUAGGUUGGCGGCUUGGCGGGCCUAACGGCAAUUGGUCGAGGUGAGGUGUGGGGGCUGGCCCACGAUCGAGUAGCGUCACUACCGGCUAGCGAGUUAGGUGGCACUGAAGGCAAGUUUGUGUCAUCGGCGGGGGGGCCUUGGAUCCGGGAAUGAGCGACCAAGACCACAGUGAGGAGAUAAACGCUUUGGCAGAGGAAGCAGCAAAUGAUUACAUGCAACAGCACUCUAAUUCCAAUCAGGACUCCCAGCCCUCACCCCUGGCCUUGCUGGCCGCCACUUGCAGCCGACUAGAACCACCCUCAGAGGGAGGGGUGGAGGUCGGUGACACUGAGGCCGGGGUAGGGUCCCCAGCAGAGCCGGAUGCCCCCCGCCCUGCACCCCAGCUCGACCUCAGCACCGCCCAGAUCACCCAGACUGCCAAUGGCUGGCAAAUGAUCAUCCCCACCAUGGCCCAAGCCAUUGAGCAGAUCCCCAAGGAGGAGUGUGGAGAGGAGGAGAGGAUUGGUGAGGGAGAUGAGAGCGACUCUGGGGGGAGGCCAUCUGAAGGCAAGAAUGGCCUCUACCUUCUGCCCCAACAGCUGCUGAGUCCAUCCUCCUCCUCCCACCUACAGUACCAGUUGGUGGCAAACCCCUCCGCCACCUCAUCGCCCCCUCCCUCCUCAACCUCCGCCUCCUCUCGACCCCCCAUCUCACUCCCAGCCACCUCAGCUGGGCUUCUGGCUGCCUUGCCUGCUCUCCAGAUCCGCCCGGGGGCUGUAGCGGGGGCAACUGGAGUGGGAGGUGGAGUGGCAGGAGGAGGAGGCCCCUUCCUGGCCAACCUCCCCAUCAACCUCAACGGCAAUGUAGCCCUGGUCCCUGUUGGGAACCUGACGGCUCCCCAGACACCGUCCCAGACAUCUGCAGUUCAGCUCGACACAGAUGGAGGGGGGGGAGGUGGAGGUGGGGCGGCUUCCUCAUCGCAUGGGGAGCAGCAGCAGCCACCUCAAGCAUCCCCCCAGAUCCUCUUGCAGCCUCAGAUCAUCCAGGGGCAGCCCUUCCCCACCCAGCACCUGUCGCAGGAGGCCCUCCAGGGCCUACAGCUCCAGGCUGUCUCUGGCUCAGCCGGACCCCUCAUCCUCCGGGCCCCCGCCCUCUCCCUACCAGGGCAGUUGGGCUGCUGGCAGGCCAUUCAGUUGCAGGCCCCUCAACAGCAGCAGCCGGGAGCCAUGGGAGGGGUGGGGAGCCAGGCCAUCACCAUCCAGGGCCUCCCCUUGGCCCAGGGUCUGGGAGUAGCAGGGGUGGGUGGCUCCAUUGUUGCCGCUGUAUCCUCCUCCUCUUCUCCCUCCUGCUCCUCUCCCUCCUCCUCUUCCUCAGCUGCAAUGGCAGCGCCAGGGACAUUGACAGUCAGUGCUGCCCAGAUCUCAAGCCUGCCGGGUCUGCAGACCAUUAACCUCAGCGCGCUGGGAGCUUCUGGAAUCCAGGUGCAUCAGCUCCAGGGCAUUCCGGUCACCAUUGCUGGAGCUGCAGAUCACACGUCACAGUUGAACAUUAAUCCUGCUGUUGGGGAUUCCAUCGAGGAUGGGACGCAGAUGGAUGAAGGGGAGGCCAGCCCAGAGCCCGGCCGCAGGCUGAGAAGGGAAGCCUGUACCUGCCCCAAUUGCAAGGAGUCAGAAGGGAGAGGCUCAGGAGACCCCGGUCGCAAGAAGCAGCACAUCUGCCACAUUGUGGGCUGUGGCAAGGUGUAUGGCAAGACCUCCCACCUGCGAGCCCACCUGCGGUGGCACACGGGCGAGAGGCCCUUUGUCUGCAACUGGCUCUUCUGCGGCAAGCGGUUCACGCGUUCCGAUGAGCUGCAGCGGCACAAACGCACACACACGGGUGAGAAGAAGUUUGCCUGCACCCAGUGUCCCAAGCGCUUCAUGCGGAGUGACCACCUCUCCAAGCACAUAAAGACUCAUCAGAACAAGAAAGGCGGCGGCGCAGGAGGUGGAGGGGGCGCAGCAGUGCUGGUGGGUGCUGCCGGCUCCACAGAUGGAGCCCCCCUACCUCCCCUGGGCACCCCUCUCAUUUCGGCUACCGGCAUGGUGGUAGAGACGGUCACUCCGGAUGGGAUCACCCAGCUGGUGGGGGCACCGGCCACUGGAGGUGCAGGGGGGGGGAAUGGAAGAGGAGGAGGGGUUGGCGGAGGGGCUGCCUCUGCCCAGCCUGGGGCUCGCAGUAUCAGCAUCAUGCAGGUAUCAGACCUCCAGACCAUCAACAUCAGUGGGAAUGGCUACUGAGUGCACAGUGGGGCGCAGGGGUUGAUUGGGGGAGCUGUGUUUUGGCAGUCAGGCCCUACAGAGUAGGGAGUGGAUUUGUGGGGGUUAGGAGGCCUGCAGCCGCACACUCUGAAGCUCUCCCUCCCUCUGACUCUCUGUCUCUCUCUCCCUCUCAGUUUCUCUCUCCUCUCACUUCUCUCUUUCCACUCCCCACUCUCCCUCACUUUCCCUCUCUAAUCUCUCCCGCUCGUUUUCUCUCCAACUCCUUCACCCUCUCAAGAUGUCCCGAGGUCUCCUGAUUGGCUGGACAGGGGCAGGGAGAGCCCUCUGCAACCUGACCCUUUACUUGUGCUGUUCCGACCUGCAGCCGGGGCUGAGGGGAGCGAUCUCACUGCUUGUGGUGGUCGUAGAAGGUGGGGGUCAAAUUUACUAAACUCAUGGCAAACCAGCUGAGCAACAGACUUGCUCCUGCAGAGAGAAGCCUUACUGCUGAAAGCUCACAGCCUUCCCUCUGUUUUUACUUUCAAAUGAUAAAUGAAAUCUCUUGAGAUGAUGCUUAAGAUAAUCUGGUUAUUUAAAUAAGGGCAGAUGCUUUUGCGCUUUUUGUAUUCUCUGUGUACUAAAAUUUAAAAAGAUUGGCUCUUAAACAAUAAUUAAAAUGAUUCACCUCCAUUAGGGAGGGUCGAUUGAGGCCACUUAAGGAAGUUGGGGGGAGACAGAGGGGAGAGAAAGAGAUGCUAGAGAGAGAUGAAAAGAGGGGGUGAGAUGGGGGAGAGAGGGGAGUGUGUGUGAGGGAAGAGUCGGAGAGUGUGUGUAUGGGUGGUGUGUAUGAGAGAGAUUCAGUAUGGAGGGAGACUGCAUCCCUUGGCGUUUGAGCAAGGGUGAGUCACAAACCAAGACCUCACCCCUCCACAGCCACUCCCCCACCUCAGAUGCAGGUUAGCUGCCCCUCGAAAUCUUCCUGUCAUGUUUGCUGCCAGUCUUAUGGAAUCAUGUUGCAUUAAUUGUGCUCCACGAGAAUUACAGAGUCAUAGCAAAGGUGGGGGUAUGGGUGGCAUUUUCCAACCCCUGUCCCUUCCUGCCAUUAAGAUGGGAGUCAGCUGGUUCUGUUUAAAUCCUAUGUUUUUAAAAGACAUGCAAAGAGGGGAGAACAAAAGAACAGAUUAUCUUGGGUCUAUUUUGUACAGUCUGGGGAAGGGGGAAAUCAGUGGCGAUGAGGGCUAGUCACCUGCCUUCAGUUUGAUGGAAGAGAUUUAUUUUUGCUGUUUUUUUAGUAAAAAAUGUUAGAAAAAAAUAUAUAUAUUAAAAAAAGGAAACUAUUUGUAAUUUUUCUCUGCGGCACAGAGUGGGAUCUGAGGGCAGGGAGACAGCUUCCGAUGUCCAUGGAAGAACUGUGCGCGGGAAUCUGUGUGCUUCAGGGUGCAUCAUUGUGAGGGUGGAUAAGUGUACAGCCAUUAUUAAUCAUGUAAAUAUAUAUAUAUUUUUAAAAUCAUGAUGAAUUUCUUUUUCUUCCCCUGUCAUGCACCUACAGAUGUGAAGACCACACUUUUUCACUCCCUUCUCAAACCCAGAAGUGGGGAGGGUAUUGUCUGCCCUCUUCCCACAUCCCUGUGUCAGUUCCCAAACUAAUCCCACUGUCCUGCUCUCUCCCCACAGCCCUGCCUGUGUCAGUUCCCAAACUAAUUCCACUGCCCUGCUCUCCCACAUCCCCAUGUCAGUCCCCAAACUAUUCCCACUGCCCCACUCUCUCCCCACAUCCCCAUGUCAGUUCCCAAACUAAUCUCACUGUCCCGUUUCAGUCCCCAAACUCAUCCCACUGUCCUGCUCCCUCCCCACAGCCUUAUGUCAGACCCCAAACUAAUCCCACUGCCCUGCUCUCUCCCCACAGUUCUGUGUCAGUUCCCAAACUAAUCCCACAGCUCCGCUGUCUCUCCACAGCCCCGUGUCAGUCCCCAAACUAGUCUCGCCGCCCUGUGUCAGUCGCCAAACUAAUCCCACUGCCCUGCUGUCUCCCUAGAGACCCUCUUACUCCUCUCUCCCCCUCCCCCCAGUGUAUCACAUCCCUAAGCCACCUUAGUAAGUGUAUAUCUCUUUUAGUGUAUAAUUCAUUGUUUUAUUUUUCAAUUUUUUAAAAAAUCUGUAUGACUAUGUAAUAAUGUUGGAAAAAAAAGUCUUUGUUUUUCUUUUUUUUGUAUAAAGUCUGGUUUGACCCUAGAUCUGUAGUAUCCAUAUUACCAGCGAUUAAAGUGAAAAUUUUUAAUAAAACACUCUUAUAUUUUUGG